AUGCUGAGCGAAGUGUGCGCCCGGCUCGCGUCAGCGCUGCGAGGGACACGCGCGCCGCCGUCCGCGGUCGCCCUGAGGUGUCUGCACGCGUCCAGCUCGCGGCCGUCCGCAGACAAGAGCGAGAGGACGGAGAAACCGCCCCGCGCCUUCGACCAGGCCUUGCUGGAGUUCCUGGUGUGUCCGCUCUCCAAGAAGCCGCUCAGAUAUGAAGCAUCGACAAAUGAAUUGAUUAAUGAAGAGUUAGGAAUAGCCUAUCCAAUGAUUGAUGGGAUUCCUAAUAUGAUACCACAGGCAGCUAGGAUGACACAUCAAAAUAAGAAGCAAGAAGAAGUGGAGCAGCACUAGA